AUGAGGCAAAUCUUCCGACAACAAAUUGAGCUUUCGCUCGAGGAGAUCGAGCAAAACGGUGUUCCCAUUUGCUGUUGCUUUGAACGAGCCCGUUUACGCUGCACUGAUUACACCAGCACUUCACUACACGAUGCGAGGUCUGGAAUGAGUACAUGGCUCGACCAUUCAAGGGAAUCUGAGCAUGAUGUCGGAUUCGAUUUUUCAGCCGCAGGACCUGGCGGUGAAUCUGAGCGUGAUGUCGCAUUCGAUUUUUCAGUUACCGCACCUGGAACGUAUCAUUUGCUCAUCGAAGUCUCUCAAAUCGGAGCUCAGGAGGACCGUGAUGGUGUUGCAGUGAUGCCAACGCCCUACGAAGCUUUACACUCGAAGAUUCUCGCUUAUUCAGAAGAGCAUCCGGGUUCUUUCACACAAAUGCUUGAGAUCAGGUGCUGGGACUUGUUUCAUGGAAUGAAUACAUUGUGGUGUUCGAGUAAAAGAAGCAAAUGGGACAAUUCGGGAAAU